CUGAGGCGCGUGGUGGAGACACAAGCCGCUACAAACAGGUUGAAUCCACCCCGUUCCGCCUUGUGAUCAUGUGGUAAUGCAGGAAGAGAUCCACUGUGGAUAAUUUUAGACCUGAAAUUUUCCGAUCUCUACUAAACAAACGUUAAAAGGCAGCCCCGGGUCAUAACUCUGGUCGGGUGCAUGACGGUUACUGCUGUUUCUCCAAAGGGCUCCACCAAAACCACAGCUGCAGCCUCCUAAAGAUCUACAGGCCCCUCCUCCUCCUCCUCUCAGGCUCCACCCCCUUCACAUUAUCGCACCAUGAAUCAGGAGUUACUACAGAAGUUGCGUUUGCCAGAUCUGGAUGAGAUCGGCCAGUACCUGCGCUCCUUCUCCACUCCGGCUCUCGUCAGCGUUGGUGCCGUUGCCAUGGCGUACUUUCUGGCUACACGCUCCAAGCCCCUCCCACCGGCCUGCGACCUCCAGAAGCAAUCUGUAGAAGUGAAGGGAGGAGGUCUGGCUCGGCGCUCUGUGCUUUCUGAUGGAGAUGAGCCCAUGACACAUUUUUACAAUGAUGCUAAAACCAUGUACGAGUUCCUCCUCAGAGGGGCUCGCGUCUCAAAUAAUGGUCCAUGUUUGGGCUCCAGAAAACCCAAGCAGCCAUAUGAAUGGCUCUCCUACAAAGAGGUUAUCCAGCGGAGUGAAAACCUGGGAUCAGCCUUUCUGCACAAAGGACACUCGAAAACUAAAGACCCGUACAUUGGAAUCUUCUCCCAAAACAAACCGGAGUGGACUCUGACAGAGCUGGCCUGCUACACAUACUCUCUGGUGUCUGUGCCUCUUUACGACACUCUGGGAACAGAAGCUAUCUCCUACAUCAUCGAGAAAGCCUCCCUCUCCACCAUAAUCUGUGACGUGGAGGAGAAAGUGAACAUGGUGCUGGAGUGUGUGGGUGAUAAAACUCACUCUGUGAAAACCAUUGUCCUGAUGCAGACGCCCAGUCAAGACCUCAUCAAGAAGGGACAAGAUGCAGACAUCGAGAUCGUCAGUCUGCAAGAGAUGGAGGCAAUUGGCAAAGCCCAUCACCACUCCCCAGUGCCUCCAAAGCCUGACGACAUGGCCAUCAUUUGUUUCACAAGUGGAACUACAGGAAACCCAAAGGGAGCGAUGUUGACCCACUGCAAUAUUGUGUCCAACUGCUCAGCUUUUAUCAGAACUACACAGAGCUCCGCUCCCCUUUCUCCUAGUGACACCCAUGUAUCGUACCUCCCUCUGGCUCACAUGUUUGAGAGAGUCGUCCAGGGUGUGAUGUUGGUGCACGGGGCAAAGAUCGGCUUCUUUCAAGGAGACAUUCGUUUGCUGAUGGACGACCUGGCCACUUUAAAACCCACUGUGUUCCCUGUGGUUCCCAGACUGCUCAACAGAAUGUAUGACAAGAUCUUUGGUCAGGCUAACUCUACCCUGAAGCGGUGGAUUUUGGGGUUUGCAUACCGAAGGAAAGAGGCGGAGCUUCAGAGGGGCGUCAUGAGGAGAGACAGUAUCUGGGACCGGCUCAUCUUUAGAAAAGUCCAGGCCAGUAUGGGCGGGUGCGUGCGCCUCAUGUUGAUCGGGGCAGCUCCAGUGUCUCCCACAGUGCUCACCUUCAUCAGAGCAGCUAUGGGCUGUCAGUUUUAUGAAGGAUAUGGACAGACAGAGUGCACAGCUGGUUGCACACUAACCAUGCCUGGAGACUGGUCUGCUGGUCACGUUGGCGCUCCUCUUCCCUGUAACACUGUGAAGCUUGUUGACGUUGCUGAGAUGAACUAUUUGGCUGCGAAUGGAGAAGGAGAGAUCUGUGUAAAAGGAGCCAAUGUCUUUAAAGGAUACCUGAAAGACCCGGAGAAAACCAAAGAGACGAUCGAUGAAGAAGGCUGGGUUCACACUGGAGACAUCGGAAAAUGGCUUCCAAACGGGACACUGAAGAUCGUGGACAGAAAGAAACACAUUUUCAAACUGGCUCAGGGAGAAUACAUCGCUCCAGAGAAGAUUGAAAAUAUUUAUGUUAGAAGUGAUGCUUUGGCUCAAGUGUUCGUCCAUGGAGACAGUCUGCAGUCCUGUUUAGUCGCUGUGGUGGUUCCAGACCCAGACUUCCUUCGUAACUGGACCAAGAGGACCCUGGGACUGGAGGGGACCUAUCUGGACUUAUGUAGCAAAAAGGAAGUCAAAGCAGCCAUCUUGGAGGACAUGUUGCGAUUGGGCAAAGAAGGAGGUCUGAAAUCAUUUGAGCAGGUGAAGUUGAUCCACAUCCACACGGAGCUGUUCUCGAUUGAAAACGGGCUCCUGACUCCAACCAUGAAAGCGAAAAGAAACGAACUGCGUCAGUGCUUCAGGGACCAGAUCGACCAGCUCUACACCCAAAUAAACCAGUAGCCAAAGAUCUCUCAUACAAGAUCAUCGGAAGCAACAAGGAGGGCUGUUUUUAACUCUGAACCAAGGAGAAGAUGGUAGCAAAAUGUACAGGGAAAGUUUAGCUUUUUUCCAACUAUCAAAGCCUUUUAACCAAUGAAUUACAAGCUCAGUACAAUGGCUUAUUUUAAAGGUAAAUGAUGUAACUUUUCUGAUGGAGAUACGCUUGUCUCCAUGGAGAUGUUAAAGCCAUGCCUGGAGUGUUCCACAGUAUGGUAUUAAACUUUGACUUAUUUAAUUAGAGGUAUUUUAUUGCUAAGAAAUACGUUCAGUUUCAUACUGUGGAACAUAAGACAAAGCUAAGAUGUCUCCACAGGAACAAGCAGGUGGCAGACCCUCCACCAGAAAUGUUACAUAGUGCAGCUUUAACUGGACAAAACUGGAAACGUGUGAAGUCAAAUAUGUGGAUCUCAGGCCAUGAGGCUUUUUUCAGGUAGUAUUUCAGUUUUAAGGCUCAAAACGAAGUAAUGUAAUGAUGACGUAUGGGUGAUACUUAAAUUUCAAACCAUUUCAAUACCGAGGCAAAUGGUUGAUACUCUAUUCCACCUUUUAUACCACAAAUAUGAUAUUAAACUUUCUAGAGCCUAUAGUAUUCAAUAUUUAAAUACAAAGUAAUACAAAGUUUCCCUCUUGUUCCGAUAAAGAUCAAGACCAUUGUACAACUAUUCAGGAAAGGUCAAACUGUUUAUUUCUCUGCAUCCUGUAUCUAGUUAUAAUACUAGUUGUUAAUAUCUGAAUGGAUAUUUUUGUACAGCCAUAGGCCGGUGGUGAAUGAGUGGCAGCUUGCACUCACCUCACAGCAAGAAGGUUCCAUGUUCAACUCCUGGGCCUUUCCGUGUGGAGUUUGCAUGUUCUCCCUGUGUCUGGGUGGGGUUUCUAGUUUCUUCCAUUAACCCAAAACAUGCACACCUGGUCAAAUGCUCCAGUCCUGACCAAGACCAGCUCAAGAUCUGGAGAUGGGCCUCACUGCUCCUGACAGAUUUAACCUAGAAAUGCAGAGUCAAAUUUCCUUCCAGGGACAGUACAGUGUAUCUUUACAUGUCCACAUAAUUCAGAACAGAUUUUUUGUACACAACAUCACAGCUUGCAGACUGGACUGAGACGUUGUGUACGAAAACGAUACGAGGUGCACUAUGUAACUUUUUGGUUAGAGGUCCAUCACCUGCUCGUUUCUAUGAAUAUGUCAUUUCUCUGGAAUGUUGCACAGUGUGACAUUAAACACCGAUACCUUACAUGUAUUCAAUUGCAGGUGGUUUUAUAACUCUAAAAUACCUGCGAGUUGGGUCGCCUCUCCACAGAUCUGACCUGUAACUCGGUCUGGUCUCCAUGCAGAUAGAAAAGUUUAAUACCGUACUGUGAAACAUUCCAGACAAAGCAACAACAUCUCCAUGGAGAAAAGCAUUUGACAGACCCCCGCCAGAGACGUUGCACAAUCCACCUUUAAAAUAAGGCUAAAAACAAUAGCUGUGUAGUGUAAGUGUAAGGUCAUCUUUGUGAAGGAACCUUUUAAAGAAAACAACUGAAGGAAACCAUCAGUAAGGUUAUGUUAAUCCUAAUGGUGCUGUACUAGUUGAUCUAUUUUAAAUACAGAAGGCAUGAUGUCAUCGUUUUACAUGGUGUCAGUUUGUGAAGUCUUGGUUUGAAUAAGCUUUAGUUUGUUAGUAUAGUGAAUUGAGCCAUAUUGAAGAAACUAAAUACAAUUUUCUGUAGUGUCCUUCAAACCUCAACUAAUUACAAUUUUAUUUUUCUUGCCACAACUUCAGGAUAAGAGUUUCUCAUUAAAACGUAUGCAUUGAAAAGGUUCAGGGAAGGUUUUAUUUUAUUUUUUACAUCUUUACCAAUGAUCAGAAAGCUCAAUACGACAUUUAACUACAGGGAUAAAACAUAUUUAUUUAUAAGAGGUGAUACAAUGAGAUUAAGUGAAAAUUAUUUUAAUGAACACCUAAAUAUUCACGCCAAAAUGAGAUGAAAUUAAAUGAGGUUUUAAUGUAAUAGACUUGUUUUUAUGAUUGUUGUUCUAAUUUUGUUUUAAAAAAAUAAAUAAUUGUUUUCUCAACA